AUGGCUAAACCCGCAUGCCGUACAGGCUCAGCGAAGCGUCAACGACGGCACAGAGAGCUGCACAAUAUCGGGUUUGCCACGCACCCUGUUGCAGCUGGCGCCGAUUUAGUAAGCAACGAAUCCCACGGCUCAGAAGGCGAAGGCUCCCAUUUGGCUGCGGCAGCGUCAGGCUACGACAAGGGCGAUGCGGGGUACGAAGGCGCGGAAGCAGCGGAUCUCGAGGCAGCGGCGGCUCUCCUCGCGUCUGCUAAUGGUACGCCCCGGUACGACGGACCGCUGGCGAAGCGCAAGCGUGGCCGGCCGCGCAAGCCCAAGACGUCGCUAGCAGCUGAUAAUGGCGCCAGCGUGAAACGCAAGCGCGGCCGGCCACCCAAGGAUAAGGCGCUGGAAGGUGCGCUCCUGCUUGUGAAGCGCAAGCGUGGUCGACCAGCCAAGCCCAAGAUGCUGUUAGCAGCUGAUGACGUGAAGCGCAAGCGCGGCCGGCCACCAAAGCACAAGCUGCUAUCGGCAGAAGGCACAGAAGCUCAAACAGAGGUAAACGCGGAGGCGGAGGCAGAGGCGGAGGCGGCAGCACCAUCUGAAACACAGCAACAACAGCAAGGCGCGCCGCCAGAAAAGCGCAAGCGUGGGCGGCCACCGAAGAAACGGCGCGGAAGGCUGCCCAAGCCGAAGCAGGAGCACGGCGAGGGUGAAGUGAAAAGUACAAAAGAGGCGGCGGCCACUGAGAUGGAGGAGGCUGCCGUUGAGGUAGUGGAGCGGCACCCUGAGGCUGGGGAUGAAGCAGCAGCAGAGGGGGUGAAGAUGGAGGCAGCACCGUCCGCCGCUCCGGAGGCCGCACAGCUCCUGAAGCGCCCUCGAGGCCGGCCGAGGAAGCGCAUUCGAGGCCGUUGGCCGAGGAAGCCAGCAGAGGGCACCGAGGCGGAAGCCGACCUGGCGAAGGAGGAGGUGAGGGAGGAGGAAGCCGACAGUGCCGCUGGUGCUGCAAAGGCAGGAGAAGAUGCAGUAACGGAGGAAGUGAAGGCAGCACCGCCGGCUGCUCAGGAAGCCGGUCAGCCGCAAAAGCGCGGGCGUGGGCGGCCACCGAAGAAACGCCGCGGACGGCCGCCCAAGCCGAAGCAGGAGAACGGCGAGGGCGGAGCGGCUUGGCCAGAAUCUGUGGAAGCAGGUCCGUCGGCUGCUCCAGCGGCGCCGACGUCCACAAGCGUUGAGAACGAGACUGGCGAGCAGCUUCCCAAGGCUGCGGAGGCAGAUCUAAAGGCAGAAGGCGUGUCGGAAGUGGAGGAGGCGCGGGCAUCCGCUGCGCUCUUGUUACCGAAGCGCGGUCGCGGCAGGCCGCGGAAGCGCAAGCCCCCACCAGUGGAAGCCGUCCAUGCCGGCCCCGAUGGAACGGCGGCAGCAGCGGAGGCGAACGGGAAAGAGGGGGCGCCAUCCACCGCUUCCGUACCUCCCAAGCGGGGCCGUGGCCGGCCUCCAAAGCGAAAGCCGCGGCCAGCUGAUGAAUCAGGCGCCGACGUGGAUAAGGAUACGGUAGAGGAGACGGUGGAGGGGGAUUCUAGAGCAGCAGCGGUAGAAGCAACGGAGGCGGCGGGGCCAUCGUCUGUGCUUGUAUUGCCAAAGCGCGGUCGUGGCCGGCCGCGCAAGCGCCAGCUGCCGCCGCCACCUGACGGGGUCGAUGUGGGCACUGCGGGGACGUCGGCAGCGGAGGCGACGAACGAGGCGGAGGCGGGGGACCCAUCCGCGUCUCAAGCAGACGUUGAAGCCCCGCCGCCGCCUCAGAAGCGCGGUCGUGGCCGGCCGCGCAAGCACAAGCCGCGGCCGGCAGCGGCUGCUGGCGCGCACGUUGAUCAUCAAGGAGGUUUGGAAGCAACGGGGGCUGCGGUUGCAGUGGCGGUCGAGGUUGCAGUGGCGGUCGAGGUUGCAGUGGCGGUCAAGCGGAAGCGCGGUCGGCCGCCGAAGAACCCUAAGUCUCAAGCUGCUGCCACUCCAAUGGCGACGACGGGGUUGCUGGUGACCACCGUCGGGGGUUUUGCGGCAUCGGAGCCUGCAGUGAAGGAUGAAGCUCAAGUGGAGCAGCACCCGCCAGGGCCUUCGUUCGAGGCGGCCGAGGAAGGCAUUCCGACGCCGCCGAAGCGCCGACGAGGGAGCUCGCCAGCGGCCGUCGGCCCCUAA